CGCUAUUGGACGCGCGCAGUCUAGUAAUGUUGUACUUUGAGGCGCAGGUGCCAAACCGAAACUGCCCGCAAGUAUGUAAAUAUAAUACACAAGCCUUUCAAGACCAUGCUUUCGCCGUAACGAGCCUUAUUUGAGUGAGCUUUUUAAAGUUAAAACAAUUACCCUGACGAUAGUGAAUUCGGAACAGAACGUCUCCUCUGUUGCGAAAGGUAAAGUGAUGCCUCAAAUUACGUCAGCUGUCAUCAUACAGUUAACUCUUCUUCUGUCAGCGUUUCCUGCACAGUAUAUAAUUUCCAGAUGGACAAGCGGUAAUGCUGUGCAACGCAACCAAGCCACUCAGAGAAUUCUAGACACAUGGGUGCUCAUGAGAAAAAACUACUUAAACACGACCGCUUGGGUUGACUGGCUAAAUUCCUGGAUUCCUAAACUACCAUCCUUUGAAGAGGAAGUUGAUCCACAGCACACCAUGGAAGAGGCGCUCACAAUUGAGCUAUUAAUGCAUGACAAUGAGCAUGGGUAUUUCGCAGUCUCAAAGGAACCGCGAAGUCCCAGGCCAUCAUAUGUGCUGCACCGUGUGGGUCAAGUCGUCAUAGAAAAGCAGAAUGGAAUGAUGGGGGUGAUAGUGGGCUGGGAUGUAGGACUCCGAGCUCCCCCAGAGUGGAUUAAGAGAAAGAAAUACACAGACUCAGAGUUAGAGAGGGCCUUGGACACUCCUCAUUACAGAAUUCUGUUCAGUGGACCGGAUUCUUCAUCAAUACUGAUCGGAUAUAUUCCACAGUAUAACAUACAGCUCAUUCAAGGCUUUAAGCCGGAUAUUCCUACUCUAGAACGAUAUUUUUCACACUUCGAUGGGGAAAGGUUUGUUAUGGAGGAAUGGUUAGAAGAGAUAUACCCUCAUGACUGAAUGAGGAACAAAACAAGUUUUUAAAAGGAAUCUGCACUUGGAAACAUACAUGAACUCUUCUACCAAUCAUUGUCAGGGCGAUGCUGUUUAAAUAUGCCAUUAGAAGAUCAAAACACAUUAAGACUGACUUGGAAAUGUAAGAUUAAUUACUUGAUAUAGCCUAUUUAUUUUGAUAAGCACAACAAUAUGAUUAUUUCUGUUCGGUUUAUGGUGUAAAACAACAGUAUUGAUAAUAGAUAAACAGUGUUUAAAGUAAAAACAUACAUAAACAGAUUUCUUGUGAAUUAAUUUUUUUAUAUAUUAUUUUUCAUUGUCCCAUAAUGCAUUGUGAACCUGAAUCGUGUAGGGUUAGACACUGCUCGAAUAAAACACAUAGCGAAAUAUAGCUGCAAGCAGCAAUUACGGGGUCAAGCCCAACCAAGGCCAAAAGUGAAAUAUUUUGGAAAUGUCAGAUGAUCAAAUUUUGAAAACCAAGUUUAAGAACACAAGGAAAAGCAACUAGAACAAAAAAAAUUGCUUACAACUUUGGACUACUAGGUGGCGCUGUCACCAAACUUUUAUGAGGCAGACAAGAUGUGCCAGAUGCGCGAAGAUACAGCCACUUGACGUUUUUGGGAGCUCGCCUUAGAAUUUGUUGAUGCUGUAUAUGAGAACCAUUGUAUCAAUCACAAAUCUUUUAAUAACUUUUUUGUCAGUACUGUCUCCAGAUGCUAAACAAAAAAUUUCAUGCAAAUCUGACAAAUUUUGUAGGAGGUGUACGAAAAAAGUAAUUCACUAUGGCGGACAGGAUGUAUGGCGGAAUAUGACAACUCUUUUAUCAAGCAACUCGGCUUGAGCCAACAAAUAUACUAAUGUGAA